AGACGUCAGGCGAGGGUCAGAAAGGAUCGAAAUUUUGUUUAGCUUUUUGUUGACAGCAACGUUUGCUCAAUUUAUUUGACUUUUUAUUAGUAGUUUUGUUUUUUUAACCUGAGGAAAUAUCCGAGAUGAUACAAGCCUUAAAAGGUGUCAGACACGUGGCGUCCGGUAAAAUGAAUCUAGCAGUUUCAGAGCUCUCCAUACCGGUCCCAUGGGGGGAGAUCCGGGGUAAAGUCUGGGGUCCUGAUCAUGGUCGGCCGGUUCUGUGCCUGCAUGGCUGGGCUGACAACUGUGGAACAUUCAACACGCUGCUGCCUCUUUUACCCAAAGACUUCAGGUACAUUGCGGUGGACCUGGCAGGUCACGGCCGCUCAUCCCAUCGCCCUCCUGGAGUGCUGUACGCCUUCCCUUCUUACGUGAUGGACGUGCGCAGAGUUGUCGAUGCUCUACAGUGGCGCAAAUUCUCCAUCAUUGGCCACAGCAUGGGUGGUAACAUAGCUGGAAUGUUCAGCGCUCUCUAUCCUGAGAUGGUGGAUUCCAUGAUACUGCUGGACUCCUACGGAUUCUUACCCACAGAGCUGAAAGAAAUGCCCAAAGUAUUACGGCAGGGGAUGGAUGAGAUGAUACAAUUUGAAAAGAAGAUGGAAGACGUGAAGACGAAGGUUUACACUUACGACCAGGCUGUUGAGAGGCUUUUGGUUGGAAACCAAAGUCUGACUGAGGAGUCUGCAAAGAUCCUUCUAGAGCGAGGUCUAGUUGAAGUUGAAGGAGGAGUGGUGUUCUCCAGAGACUUUCGGAUCAACCUGAAGAACGUAGUACGCAUCAGUCUGGAGCAAUCUAUGGAGCUGCAGUCACGGAUUGAAGCCUCUGUUCUAGUUGUUCUAGCAGAAAGUGGCUUUGAGAAAAUAUUUGCAAAAGCAGAUCAGAAGAAAUUUACAUCAGCACUUCUUCAAGCCUACAGGGACCGACAUGACACAGUGGUGAAGGUUCCAGGGGAUCAUCACGUCCACCUAAAUAAUCCUGAAGCAGUAGCUUCGCUUGUGUCAGAGUUCCUGCAGAACAAAGCACUCUCAGCCUCAACAGGAUCAGGAGAUGUUCAUUCUCCUAAGUUAUAGUGAAAACACGAUAGGCAAACCAUUUCACCCUACUAAUUUAGGCAACCUUUGUGAUUCAAGGUUGUCAAUAGUGCAUUAAUACAGCUCUGUUUACAUUCACACUGGUGCUUAAAAGUAAACCAUCCAGUUGUUAUAGGAGGGUUUUACUUGUGGUGAUCAUUAAAUACGCAUAAAACGUAAAAGUGUUUGUAGAGUAAAAUGAUUUUAUUUUACUAAACCAGAAUCUGUGGUGACAGCUGCUGCUUUAUGAGCAACUAUGUUUCUCAAAGAAAUAAUUAGAUUGGAUGUUGAAGCAUAUCUGUUAGCAUCAUGUCACAAUGUAGAUAAAAUGAAGUUGAAACUGGCUUUAUUUACCUUUUUUUUACCUAACUGUCCUUAAAUGGUCUUCAUUGUUGCACAAUCUUUUUAUAGUAACAGAGUUAAUAACAAAAAAUAAACUUCUAUUAAUAUGAAAUUAUUUUGCUAUUUAAGGAUGUGGAAGAAAAUUCUUCUUGGAAAACAAGUUUAACAUAUUAGGUUUCCAUGUCAUUUAAUAUAACAGUUUAUAAACUCACUAUUUUAUAAACUCACUUUAGUUUGCAGUGAAGAGUAUUACGUCAGCUGUCCUAGGAGCAAAGUGUAAUGUCAACUAAAGGGGCUAAAGAGGGUGUUCUUUUUUUGUUUUGUUUUUACACCAGCUGUUUGUCUGAAAGCUGUCAAAUGUUAAUCAAUGAAAUUGUUUUAAAAUGCUGCCUAUUUUUUUCUGUUGCAGAUGUUAUGUAUACUUGCAAUCAUUAAGUGAAAGUCCCUGCUUUUGUUUUAUGUGUUCUAGCCUUCAGAAAAACAGCUAUACCACUCCUCCUACACCAUCUUUGUAAAUUGUGGGAUUCCACAAGGUCCAGUCCUAGGUCCAUUAUUAUUUUAUUUUUUUCACUGAUUAGCAUCAUUCAGUCUUUCUGACAUUUCCUAUCACCUCCAUGCCGAUGACUGUGGGUUUUUAUAAUUUAUCCUGUCCAAAAUGACAUUAAGACUGAAAAUAUGCCCCACCCAAAUUACAUCCAGGCAAUAGUCAAGCUCUUGCUUCCUUUUGCACAACAACCAAAUCCAGCAUUUGUAAUUUUCUUUUCAAAUCUGAUUCCUUCUUGGAGACACAUCAAGUAUGUUAUCUUUCAUUGGGGAGUAUAUCAAAGUUGUGGCAUAUGAUUUUGUCUUCUUCUUGUCAUCAUGUUUAGAUUAUUGUAAUGCACUGUUUACAGGCCUAUAUAAAAAAAAUCUAUUUCAUACCACCAAGCUUUUCAUAAAGCUGCUGCCAGACUUUGUUGGUUGAACUUUUAGUUUUCUGAUCCCCUUCUUGUAGACUUCUGUCUCUGAAAAGCACUUUUUUUAUAUAAAUUUUACUCUUGGCUUUUA